UUUGGUUAUUUUCGGUCAUGCCGAGAUGUGAGCCUGAAUGCUAUGAGUAUGCAGGCAUUCCUGUUGAAGAACCCGAAGCGCUAAUUAAAAAAGAUGCAGACCAUGAAAAUGUUAUAACAAAGAAAUUAGACUAUCGAUCAGCCUUUGAUGCUUUCUCAGGAAAAUUUAUUGCUGACUCUAAUUUUAGUGACACAUCUGCGGUGGUAGUAAAAGAGAGAAGAGGCCUUGCUUAUUAUUAUGAACUAGCACCUCAGGGCGAAAAGGAAACACUUAUUCAAAAGUUUAAUCGUUUAAAAGCUGAAGUUAUGCAAUUAAAACAAGAGCUUACUAAUGGUGAUUACGAACGAGAAACUUUGGAUGUUGAUCCCGCUUCUUUUUUAGAUCAGAUUUUCUUACUACAAAGAGAGUUAGAAUGUUUACCAUUGCUGGAUGAGAAAGGAUCUACGGAUCCAUUAUCUUCGAUUGCCGCUACGCUGAACGACUGCGUCACAAAGUUCCAAGCUCGGUCGUCUGAUGCGCCAGAUUGCGAAUCACCGGAGACCAGCGGAGAUGUUAUUACGUAUAAACUUUAUUAUAGGCCGGAGCUGGCAAAAUGUCAACAGUUUUCGCAACUCUCUUCUUUUGAAGAGCGCAUAUCGGCUCUGGAAAAAGUGGCUGGUGCGAACCUGGGGGCAGUCAUGGGAAAAAUUUCCAUUCUUUUGGGCUUGAAGGGAAAAGAUCACAACUUGUUUUCUGUUUUGACUGGCAUCGCCGAGCGCCUGAGUUUUCUUGGCCUCUCCAGCGAGACCCUGGAAGCCUUGAAAAACAUCAAAAACAUUUCUUCUUUUAAGAAUGCAGAGCGCACUCCCGCUUCAGAAAAAGAAAUUGAGGAGUUGUACGCGUCGCUGACCCACACCAUGUCUUCGUUGGCGCUCCUUCCUGACGUCAUCCAAAGACUAAAAGUUUUGAGAAAUGUACACGAAACAGCUGUUGAAAGUAUUAACACUCUUCUAACUUUGCAAAACCGGCAGGAGAAUUGUGAAAAUCUUCUGAGCACUCAGCAAGCUGCUUUUACUGAACUGCAACAAAAAAUGAAAAAUAAUAUGGAAGUAAUUAUAAAUAAUUUUUAUUCCUUCAACGAGAGACUCGCAAAGUUGACCCGUGAAAAUAAAUAAUUCGUAUCUGUUU